AUGGAUGCAUGGGGAUGUAGGAUUAAGUGUUGGAUGUUACCUUACGUUCCAUCUUUCUUGAUAUGGAUGCGAUACGAUAAUAUUAAAGAAGAACUUCGAAGUAGAGAAGAAAAUAACAAUAUUACUUCCAAUAUUGAGGCCAAUGACUUAAAACUGUGA